GAGGACCAGACCAACCCGAGGUGUAUCCGGGCAUGACAUAACAAGUGCGUGGAGGUUCGAUUCUGUCAGCCACAUUUCCUACGCUCUAUUUCACUUCCAAUUUCAUCCCUUUUCUGCUCCCAGCUUGAAGUUCAACUUCAUCUCUGCGGGUUUCCUAUAUUCAAAUGCCCUAACAAGACAACUGCAUCUAAGGUCUUCAUGAUCCUGUUUAAGUAUAACUGCUCUGGGAAGUUUAGAAAGAACCAACCUAUCAGCCAGCUCAAUACAGUACAGUAUUAAUGAAGAUGAACAAUAGCAUUGCAUCUUCUUUUGCUAUUGCUCCUGCCUCUUCUCUUAGCCAUGAACAAACUGCUGCUCCUGCUCCUGCCCCUAGUGAAGAUGAGGAAAAGAAAGCUUCAAAGAGCUUAUCUGGUUUUAUUUUCUUAUGUAAUGGAAGGUCCAAACCAGAGUGCUACAAAUAUCGUGUUUUUGGGCUCCCAUUGAGUAAAGUGGAAGUUGUAGAAAAGAUUAAAACUGGCACAAAACUUUUCCUGUUUGAUUUUGACGUGAAGCUUCUUUAUGGUGUUUAUGAGGCAACUUCCGAUGGAAAAGUAGGGUUGGAACCUCUUGCUUUUGGAGGCAGAUUUCCAGCACAGGUACAAUUCAGAAUUUACAAGGGAUCUCUUCCAUUGCAUGAGAAUUCUUUCAAACAUGCCAUAAAAGAUAACUACAAAGGCCCCAGAUUUGAACAGGAACUCAAUGAACAUCAAGUCAGAAAUCUCCUAUCACUGUUUCGUCCUCUUUAUGAAUCAUCGUCAUCAUCAGCUUCACCCGCCCCGAUGGCAAACAUUGGCCCGACUUUGCCGAAUAUGGGCCAUCCAAAGGGAACUUACCCCUCGGCAGUGAGGCAGCAAGUCGAGCACUUAUCAACAGUACCCUUUGGGAAGUAUCCAUAUGCCGGAAUUGGCCAAGGUCACGUUCGGAAUAUCCAAGUAUCACAUCAUGGAUGGCAGGGAACGAUGCCAAUAAGAGAUCGUUUCCACAAUGGCAUUGAUCCGGGGGUUGCAGCUCCCAGCAAGCAAUUCUUUACUGCUGAUUCUCAUCAGCAUGUCCCAACAUCCAGUUAUCCAUACUAUACUGCAAAUGGAAAUCUCAAUCCACCCAUUCACCAAUAUUAUACUGCAGAUGUUCAAGAACGAAAUAUUGCAGCUCACAGUCACCCAUAUCAUUCUGCUGCUGCUCAACAACUAAAUGCUAUACCUCUCACUCACCAAUAUUAUUCUACCGACUCUCAGAACCCAAAUGUUACUGCACCUAGCCACCCAUAUCAUUCUGCAGAUGUUCAAGAACAAAAUAUUGCAGCUCACAGUCACCCGUAUCAUUCUGCUGCUGCUGCUCAACAACUAAAUGCUACACAUCUCACUCACCAAUAUUAUUCUACCGACUCUCAGAACCCAAAUGUUGCUGCACCUAGCAACCCAUAUCAUUCUGCUGCUGCUCAACAACUAAAUGCUACACCUCUCACUCACCAAUAUUACCCUACUGACUCUCUGAACCCAAAUGUUGCCGCACCUAGCCACCCAUCUUGUGCUGCUGAUUCCCAACAGUUGAAUACUGCAGUGCACAUUCAGCAGUAUUAUUCUACUUAUCCUCAGCAAGUAAAUGUGGAAGCAGUGAGUCACCCUUGCUUCCCUGCUGAUUCUCAACUACGAACUGCCACAGCACCUAGUCACAAUUAUUAUGUUGCAGUUGAUGGUGGUGCUGUGCAGUUGAGGCAGGAAUCUUAUUUUAGAUCAAUGCAUGAGGCAGCUCCUCAGGAUCAACUAAUGGGAAUACAACAUAAUUAUCAGCAACUGCCUCAACAGAUGCAUCAACAAAGUGCUGAUACCUUCAAUUCGAACCCCAUUCUCUCAGCCCCUUAUGGAUCUUUACUAGCUCUGCCGGGUGCUCCUCAGGCAGUUGCCACUCCGCAUGAUCUAAAUGCUCACUCCUCGACCUAUUAUUAGCUCAUGGGUGCAAUUGUUGUUUGAAGAAGGUGGUGAACAUGGAAAUCAGGUCUCAUACUCUUUGUAGGGUUUCUUGAAAUAUGUUGUUUUUUGUAAGAAAAGAGUUUUACCGCCACCCAAAAAUGCUACAAGCGCUUGUACAAUGAUAUUCUAUGGAUGUUAUACCCUUUAAUAAACUAGGAGCUUUUAGUAGUCCAAAGUUAUUGAU